AUGCGUGUUGGCCGGGCGAAGCUGGCCCCGCUGUGGGCGCUGGCGCUGGCCCUGGCUUGCUGCCAGCACACAGGCCAGGCCCAGGGUGACGCUCUGAAGUCCGGCUAUCAGCAACACCCAAGCCUCUCCCCGGCUCAGGGGCACGGCGGUGACCCACUCCGAGGCGUGAUGCACCUCUCUCCGCUGAGGCCCCUCCCGGUGGUCCAGGCCCUGAACCCCACACACAACGGGCGGGUGUGCAGCACCUGGGGCGACUUCCACUACAAGACCUUCGACGGCCGCGUCUUCCGCUUCCCUGGCCUCUGCAACUAUGUGUUCUCCGCGCACUGCGGCGCCACCUACGAGGACUUCAACGUGCAGCUGCGCCGCGGCCCGCGCCCCAACACCAGCGCGCUGCAGGUCACCAUGAAGCUCGACGGCCUGGUGGUCCAGCUGGCCAAGAGCUCCGUCCUGGUCAACAGCCGUCCUGUCCAGCUGCCUUUCAGCCAGUCCGGGGUCUUCAUGGAGCUCAGCAGUGGAUACCUGAAGGUGGUGGCCAAGCUGGGCCUGGUCUUCAUGUGGAAUGAGGAUGACAGCCUCCUGCUGGAGCUGGACGGCAAGUAUGCCAACAAGACCUGUGGGCUCUGUGGCGAUUUCAACGGCAGCCCCGUGUCCAGCGAGUUCGUCGUUCACAAUGUCAAGCUGACCCCCCUCGAGUUUGGGAACCUGCAGAAGAUGGAUGGUCCCACAGAGCAGUGCCAAGACCCCGUCCCGGAGCCUCAGAAGAACUGCUCAAACAGCCACGGCAUCUGCGAUGAGAUCUUGAGAAGCCGGCUGUUCUCAGGCUGUGCGGCCCUGGUGGAGGUCGGCAGCUACGUGGAGGCCUGCCGGCAGGAUGUCUGCCGGUGCACCCACGCCCACCUGCCCUCCUGCCUCUGCCACACCCUGGCCGAGUACUCGAGGCAGUGCGCCCACGCGGGAGGGCAGCCGCAGGACUGGCGGGAUCCCGACCUCUGCCCCCGGACGUGCCCCCUCAACAUGCAGCACCAGGAGUGCGGCUCGCCCUGCGUGGACACCUGCUCCAACCCCCAGCGCUCCCAGACCUGCGAGGACCACUGUGUCGCUGGGUGUUUCUGCCCCAAGGGGCUGGUGCUCGAUGACAUCGGCCAGACUGGCUGUGUGCCGGUGUCGCAGUGUGCCUGCCUGUACAACGGGACUGCUUAUGCCCCGGGAGCCAACUACUCUUCAGACUGCACCACGUGUACCUGCUCUGGAGGCCGGUGGAGCUGCCGGGAGGUCCCCUGCCCAGGCACCUGCUCGGUGCUGGGCGGUUCCCACUUCUCCACGUUCGAUGAGAGGCAGUACACGGUGCACGGAGACUGCAGCUAUGUGCUGACCAAGCCCUGUGACAGUGGUGCCUUCACUGUGCUGGCUGAGCUGCGCAGGUGCGGGCUGACCGACAGUGAGACCUGCCUGAAGAGCGUGACGCUGAGCCUGGGUGGGGGGCAGACGGUUGUCGUGAUGAAGGCCAGUGGAGAGGUCUUUGUGAAUCAGAUCUACACCCAGCUGCCGGUCUCUGCAGCCAACGUCACCCUCUUCAGACCCUCAACCUUCUUCAUCAUCGCUCAGACCACCCUGGGCCUGCAGCUGGAUGUCCAGCUGGUGCCCACCAUGCAGGUGUUUGUGCGGCUGGCACCUGAGCUCCGGGGACUGACCUGCGGUCUCUGCGGGAACUUCAACAGCAUCCAGGCUGAUGACUUCCGGACCAUCAGUGGGGUGGUGGAGGGCACCGCUGCUGCUUUCUUCAACACCUUCAAGACACAGGCUGCCUGCCCCAAUGUUAAGAACAUCUUUGAGGACCCCUGCUCGCUCAGCGUGGAGAAUGAGAAGUAUGCCCAGUACUGGUGCUCACAGCUGACAAACUCCAACGGCCCUUUUUCCCAGUGCCACGCCACCGUGAACCCUGCUGCCUACUACUCGAACUGCAUGUUCGACACGUGCAACUGCGAGAGGAGCGAGGAUUGCAUGUGCGCGGCCCUGUCCUCCUACGUGCGAGCCUGUGCGGCCCGGGGCGUGCUGCUCAGCGGCUGGCGGGACGGCCUCUGCACAAAACCCACCACCACCUGCCCGAAGUCAAUGAGUUACCAUUACCACAUCAGCACCUGCCAGCCCACCUGCCGCUCCCUGAGCCAGGAGGAUGUCACCUGUCAGGUCAGCUUUGUCCCUGUGGAUGGCUGUGCCUGCCCCGAGGGCACCUUCCUGGAUGACGUGGGCAAGUGUGUGGCGGCAGCCAGCUGCCCCUGCUACCACAGAGGCUCCCUGGUCCCUAACGGCGAGUCUGUGCACGACAACGGGGCUGUCUGCACCUGCACAACGGGGUCCCUGACCUGCAUCGGAGGCCCUGCUCCCACCCCAGUGUGCGGAGCACCCAUGGUCUACUUCGACUGCCGGAACGCCACAGCGGGGGCCACCGGGGCUGGCUGCCAGAAGAGCUGCCACACGCUGGACAUGGCCUGUUACAGCCCUCAGUGCGUGCCUGGCUGUGUGUGCCCUGAUGGGCUGGUGGCAGAUGGCGAAGGUGGCUGCGUGGCCGUGGAAGACUGUCCCUGUGUGCACAACGAGGCCACGUACAGACGCGGGGAGACGAUCCGGGUGGGCUGCAACACCUGCACCUGUGAGAGCAGAAAGUGGCAGUGCACAGAUGAGCCCUGCCUGGCCACCUGCUCUGUGUACGGGGAUGGCCACUACCUCACCUUUGAUGGACAGCGCUACAGUUUUAGUGGAGACUGCGAGUAUACACUGGUGCAGGACCACUGCAGCGGGAACAGCAGUGCACAGGGCGCCUUCCGCGUGGUCACGGAGAAUGUCCCCUGCGGCACCACAGGGACCACCUGCUCCAAAGCCAUCAAGCUCUUCCUCGGGCGCUACGAGCUGAAGCUGAGCGACGGGAAGGUGGAGGUGGUUCAGAAGGAGGCGGGGCAGGAGAUGCCCUUCUCCAUCCGCCAGGUGGGUGUCUACCUGGUGGUGGAGACGGACGUUGGCCUGGUGCUACUAUGGGACAGAAGGACCAGCAUCUUCCUCAGGCUCGAUCCAGAGUUCAAGGGCAGGGUCUGCGGCCUGUGCGGGAACUUCGACGACAACACCAUCAACGACUUCACCACACGGAGUCAGUCUGUGGUGGGAGACGCCCUGGAGUUCGGCAACAGCUGGAAGUUCUCCCCGUCCUGCCCCGAUGCCCUGGUGCCCAAGGACCCCUGCACUGCCAACCCUUACCGCAAGUCCUGGGCCCAGAAGCAGUGCAGCAUCAUCAACAGCAAGACCUUCGCUGCCUGCCACGCCCAUGUGGAGCCCACCAAGUACUACGAGGCCUGCGUGAGCGACGCGUGUGCGUGCGACUCGGGGGGAGACUGCGAGUGUCUGUGCACCGCCGUGGCGGCCUACGCCCAGGCCUGCCACGACGUGGGCGUGUGCGUGUCCUGGAGGACGCCCGACGUCUGCCCGCUCUUCUGCGACUACUACAACGCGGAGGGCCAGUGCACGUGGCACUACCAGCCCUGUGGAGCCCCCUGCAUGCGCACCUGCAGGAACCCCAGCGGCCAGUGCCUGAACGGCCUUCGUGGCCUUGAAGGCUGUUACCCCCAGUGCUCAGCCGACACACCCAUCUUCGACGAGGACAAGAUGCAGUGUGUGGCCACGUGCCCCACCCCGCCACCACCGCCACCCAUCUGCCGUGUCCACGGGAAGUCGUACCGGCUGGGCACUGCGGUGCCCUCUGGCCAGAACUGUCACUCCUGCGUCUGCACGGAGCGCGGCGUGCACUGCGUCCACGACCCCCAGGCCUGUGUCUGCACCUACGGCGGGAGCCGCUUCCGUCCGGGGGACGUGAUCUACCACAUGGCCGACGGCACGGGCGGCUGCAUCACUGCCCGCUGUGGGGCCGAGGGCACCAUUGAGAGGAAGACCUACGCGUGCAGCCCCACCACCCCCGGGCCCACAACCACCUUCUCCUUCUCCACGGCGCCGCCCGCUGUGAGCUCAAGGCAAACCGUCGGCACAGGGCCCAGCCCCACCGAGAGCACGGCAAGCACGGAGCCCCCGAGCACCGCCUCCUCCUCCAGGGAGAUGCCGGGCACCACCUCUGUGCAGACCAGCCCGGGCUGCGAGGACCAAUGCCUGUGGUCCCCGUGGCUGGACGUCAGCCGUCCAGGGCUGGGGCUCGACAGUGGUGACUUCGAGACGCUGGAGAACCUCCGGGCGCACGGGUUCCGGGUCUGCCCGGCGCCCAGGGCCGUGCAGUGCCGGGCCGAGGGCGCGCCCGAGGAGCGACCCCUGGCCCCGGGCCAGCGCGUGGACUGCAGCCCCGCCGUGGGGCUAAGCUGCCGCAACAGGGACCAGGCGUCGGGGCUCUGCCACAACUACCAGGUGAGGAUCCUGUGCUGCAGCCCCGCGCCCUGCUCCAGCUCCAGCAGCCCCGAACCGACCCUCAGCACCGCCUCCAGCCCAUGCUCCUGUGCCUGCCCCGGACACCCCUGCACCUGCCCCGGACAACUCCACACCUGCUCCACGCACCCCUACACCUGCCCCGGGCACCUCCACACCUGCUCCACACACCCCUACACCUGCCCCGGGCACCUCCACACCUGCCCCGGACAACUCCACACCUGCUCCACGCACCCCUACACCUGCCCCGGGCACCUCCACACCUGCCCCCGGCACCCCUACACCUGCCCCCGGCAUCCCUACACCUGCCCCCGGCACCCCUACACCUGCCCCCGGCACCCCUACACCUGCCCCACGCACCUCCACACCUGCCCCACGCACCCCUUCACCUGCCCAAACAACUCUUCCCACCACUAGCAUAAUGCACGUGUCAACCACUUCACCACAGCGCACACCCACAGCCUGACCUCCCCUGGAGGCCCCUGCCGGCAGGAGUUGUGUGAAUGGACCGAAUGGAUGGACGGCAGCUAUCCCAGGCCAGACAGGAACAGUGGUGAUUUCGACACCUUUGAAAACCUGCGGUCCCAGGGAUUCCAGUUCUGUGAGCGCCCUCAGCAGGUGGAAUGCAGGGCACAGUUUUUCCCCAACACACCGCUGGCUGAGCUGGGCCAGGACGUGACCUGCAGCCUGGAGCAGGGGCUGAUCUGCCUGAACAAAAACCAGCUCCCGCCCAUCUGCUACAACUACGAGAUCCGGGUGAAGUGCUGCCGCACCGUGGAUCAGUGUGCUACCAGCAUGCGGGCCCACACCGAGGCCAGCCCACGCUACACCAGCCCCCAGACGCCAGCCACCGGCUGGACUGCCAGCAGACACUCGUCAGCAGACACCUCAGCACCUGUAUCCAGAACCGGAAACCCCACUGGCAGAACUCAAACCAGCACUGCACCUGUAACCACUAAUUGCCAGCCACAGUGCAACUGGACCAAGUGGUUCAACGUGGACUCCCCCGUCCCCGGGCCGCACGGAGGGGACGUGGAAACCUACAGCCGCAUCCUCAGGGCGGGAGAGCAGAUCUGCGGUCGCCCCGAGGAGAUCACUCGGCUGCAGUGCCGGGCUGAGAGCCGCCCGGAAGCAAGCCUGGAGAGCCUGGGCCAGGUGGUGCGGUGCGACCCCGACGUGGGCCUGCUGUGCCGGAACCAGGACCAGCCGGGGACCCUGGGAAUGUGCCUGGACUACUCGGUGCGGGUGCUGUGCUGCCGGCAGCCCGAGGGCUGCCCUACCACCACCUCUGUCACCCGACCCAGGGCCUCCACUGAGAGUGUGACUCCUACGCACACAGUCAGCACCUCCUCCAGACCCCAGACCAGCUCCUCCUCUGCGCACACAGUCAGCUCCUCCUCCAGACCCCAGACCAGCUCCUCCUCUGCGCACACAGUCAGCACCUCCUCCAGACCCCAGACCAGCUCCUCCUCUGCGCACACAGUCAGUGUCUCCUCCAGACCCCAGACCAGCUCCUCCUCUGCACACACAGUCAGCUCCUCCUCCAGACCCCAGACCAGCUCCACCUCUGCGCACACAGUCAGUGUCUCCUCCAGACCCCAGACCAGCUCCACCUCUGCGCACACAGUCAGCACCUCCUCCAGACCCCAGACCAGCUCCUCCUCUGCGCACACAGUCAGCACCUCCUCCAGACCCCAGACCAGCUCCACCUCUGCGUACACAGUCAGCACCUCCUCCAGACCCCAGACCAGCUCCACCUCUGCGUACACAGUCAGCACCUCCUCCAGACCCCAGACCAGCUCCUCCUCUGCGCACACAGUCAGCACCUCCUCCAGACCCCAGACCAGCUCCUCCUCUACGCACACAGUCAGCACCUCCUCCAGACCCCAGACCAGCUCCUCCUCUACGCACACAGUCAGCACCUCCUCCAGACCCCAGACCAGCUCCACCUCUGCACACACAGUCAGCACCUCCUCCAGACCCCAGACCAGCUCCACCUCUGCGCACACAGUCAGUGUCUCCUCCAGACCCCAGACCAGCUCCUCCUCUGCGCACACAGUCAGCUCCUCCUCCAGACCCCAGACCAGCUCCACCUCUGCGCACACAGUCAGCACCUCCUCCAGACCCCAGACCAGCUCCACCUCUGCGCACACAGUCAGCACCUCCUCCAGACCCCAGACCAGCUCCACCUCUGCGCACACAGUCAGUGUCUCCUCCAGACCCCAGACCAGCUCCACCUCUGUGCACACAGUCAGUGUCUCCUCCAGACCCCAGACCAGCUCCUCCUCUGCGCACACAGUCAGUGUCUCCUCCAGACCCCAGACCAGCUCCACCUCUGCGCACACAGUCAGUGUCUCCUCCAGACCCCAGACCAGCUCCUCCUCUGCGCACACAGUCAGUGUCUCCUCCAGACCCCAGACCAGCUCCUCCUCUGCGCACACAGUCAGCACCUCCUCCAGACCCCAGACCAGCUCCUCCUCUACGCACACAGUCAGUGUCUCCUCCAGACCCCAGACCAGCUCCACCUCUACGCACACAGUCAGCACCUCCUCCAGACCCCAGACCAGCUCCUCCUCUGCGCACACAGUCAGUGUCUCCUCCAGACCCCAGACCAGCUCCUCCUCUGCGCACACAGUCAGUGUCUCCUCUGCGCACACAGUCAGCUCCUCCUCUGCGCACACAGUCAGCUCCUCCUCUGUGCACACAGUCAGCUCCUCCUCUGCGCACACAGUCAGUGUCUCCCCUGCGCACACAGUCAGCACCUCCUCUCAAAGGCACAGCACCACUUCUGCAUCUACAGCCAGCACAAGACCUGUGUCUACACCGCCAGCAAGCCAGUCCUCCGCCGUGCCCCCUGAGUGCCAGCCACAGUGCAACUGGACCAAGUGGUUCAACGUGGACUCCCCCGUCCCCGGGCCGCACGGAGGGGACGUGGAAACCUACAGCCGCAUCCUCAGGGCGGGAGAGCAGAUCUGCGGUCGCCCCGAGGAGAUCACUCGGCUGCAGUGCCGGGCUGAGAGCCGCCCGGAAGCAAGCCUGGAGAGCCUGGGCCAGGUGGUGCGGUGCGACCCUGACGUGGGCCUGCUGUGCCGGAACCAGGACCAGCCGGGGACCCUGGGAAUGUGCCUGGACUACUCGGUGCGGGUGCUGUGCUGCCGGCAGCCCGAGGGCUGCCCUACCACCACCUCUGUCACCCCACCCAGGGCCUCCACUGAGAGUGUGACUCCUAUGCACACAGUCAGCACCUCCUCCAGACCCCAGACCAGCUCCUCCUCUGCGCACACAGUCAGCUCCUCCUCCAGACCCCAGGCCAGCUCCUCCUCUGCGCACACAGUCAGCACCUCCUCCAGACCCCAGACCAGCUCCUCCUCUGCGCACACAGUCAGCACCUCCUCCAGACCCCAGACCAGCUCCUCCUCUGCGCACACAGUCAGUGUCUCCUCCAGACCCCAGACCAGCUCCUCCUCUGCGCACACAGUCAGCUCCUCCUCCAGACCCCAGACCAGCUCCACCUCUGCGUACACAGUCAGUGUCUCCUCCAGACCCCAGACCAGCUCCUCCUCUGCGCACACAGUCAGUGUCUCCUCCAGACCCCAGACCAGCUCCUCCUCUGCGCACACAGUCAGUGUCUCCUCCAGACCCCAGACCAGCUCCUCCUCUGCGCACACAGUCAGCUCCUCCUCCAGACCCCAGACCAGCUCCACCUCUGCGUACACAGUCAGUGUCUCCUCCAGACCCCAGACCAGCUCCUCCUCUGCGCACACAGUCAGUGUCUCCUCCAGACCCCAGACCAGCUCCUCCUCUGCGCACACAGUCAGUGUCUCCUCCAGACCCCAGACCAGCUCCUCCUCUGCGCACACAGUCAGUGUCUCCUCUGCGCACACAGUCAGCUCCUCCUCUGCGCACACAGUCAGUGUCUCCCCUGCGCACACAGUCAGCACCUCCUCUCAAAGGCACAGCACCACUUCUGCAUCUACAGCCAGCACAAGACCUGUGUCUACACCGCCAGCAAGCAAGUCCUCCGCCGUGCCCCCUGAGUGCCAGCCACAGUGCAACUGGACCAAGUGGUUCAAUGUGGACUCCCCCGUCCCCGGGCCGCACGGAGGGGACGUGGAAACCUACAGCCGCAUCCUCAGGGCGGGAGAGCAGAUCUGCGGUCGCCCCGAGGAGAUCACUCAGCUGCAGUGCCGGGCCGAGAGCCGCCCGGAAGCGAGCCUGGAGAGCCUGGGCCAGGUGGUGCGGUGCGACCCCGACGUGGGCCUGCUGUGCCGGAACCAGGACCAGCCGGGGACCCUGGGAAUGUGCCUGGACUACGCGGUGCGGGUGCUGUGCUGCCGGCAGCCCGAGGGCUGCGGUGUGACUCCGACGGUGCCUCACACGAUCUCCACCGCCUCCGCCUGGUCUCCUCCACCCUCCCCGUCAGCUCGCUCCUCGCCUUGGACGUCUGGCUCCCUGUCAGUCUCCGCUCCCAAAUGCUUCUGCAAUGUACACAACCACCUGUAUGCAGCAGGGUCUACUGUAUACCUCCAGAGAGACCUCGAGGGCCAUUGCUACCACGCCACGUGCAGCCAGGACUGCCUGGUCAUCCGGGGUGUGGACCAGGACUGUCCCUCCACCGUACAGCCCCCCACGCCCACUUUGUCUCCCUCCCCAUCAUCGCCCUCUCCGCCAUCCACCUCUCCCUCGGGCUCCCCGCCUGCCCACUGGUGCCACAAUGUGAUUCCUCCAAGAAAGAAAGGGGAGACGUGGGCCAUGGCCAACUGCUCCCAGGCCACCUGUGAGGAGGACCACAGCGUCUCCCUGAGCCCCCGCACCUGCCCGGAGAUAGAAGUACCGGCGUGUGCCAAUGGCUACCCGGCCUUGAAGGUGGACGAUGAGGACGGCUGUUGCCAGCACUACCAGUGCCAGUGUGUGUGCAGCGGCUGGGGAGACCCCCAUUACAUCACGUUCGACGGGACGUACUACACCUUCCUGGACAACUGCACCUACGUGCUGCUGCAGCAGAUUGUACCCGUGUUUGGCCACCUGCGGGUCUUGGUCGACAACUACUUCUGCGACCCCAAGGACCAGGUGUCCUGCCCGCAGUCCAUCAUCGUGGAGUACCACCAGGACCGUGUGGUGCUCACGCGCAGGCCGGUGGGCGGGGUCAUGACCAACCAGAUCCUUUUCAACGACGAGGUGGUCAGCCCCGGCUUCCAGAGGAACGGCAUCGCCGUCUCUCGCGUGGGCAUCAAGAUGUACGUGACCAUCCGCGAGAUCGGGGUCCAGGUCAUGUUCUCCGGCCUCAUCUUCUCAGUGGAGGUGCCGUUCCACACGUUCGCCAACAACACCGAGGGCCAGUGUGGCACCUGCAGCAAUAACCAGAGGGAUGACUGCCGACUCCCCAGGGGCGCCGUGGCCGGCUCCUGCGCCCAGAUGGCCGGCCACUGGAAGGUGCACAUCCCCGGCCAGCCCUCCUGCUCCGGGCCUCCGCCCCCGCCCAGCUCCGUGGUGCCCACGCCCCCACUGGCCUGGUGCCCACCCUCGCCGCUCUGCCAGCUGAUCCUGGGCGACGUCUUCCAGCCCUGCCACGCCACCGUGCCCCCGCAGCCAUUCUUCCAAGGCUGCGCCUUCGACCACUGCUACAGCACGGACAUCCAGGUGCAGUGCUCCAGCCUGGAGCUCUACGCGUCCCUCUGCGCCUCCUUCGGCGUGUGCAUCGACUGGAGGAGCCGCACCAACGGCUCGUGUCAGUUCUCCUGCCCUGCCGACAAGGUGUACCAGCCCUGCGGUCCAUCCCGCGUCCGCUACUGCUACGGAAAUGACAGCACCAGCAUCUGGGCGCUCCCCGAGGCUGGCCCCUUCACCGAAGGCUGCUUCUGCCCUGACACCAUGACGCUGUUCAGCAACGAGUUCCCUGUCUGUGUGUCCUCCGAGUGCCCUGUGUGUCUGGGGCCCCGCGGGGAGCCGGUGGAGCCGGGCCGCACGGUCAGCGCCGACUGCCAGGAGUGCACCUGUGACCCCGCCACGCUGGCCCUGAGCUGCCGCAGGACGCCGUGCGCCCUGCCCCCCGUGUGCCGAGCGCCGGGCUUUGUGUUGGUGCCCGCGGCCCUGGAGGCUGGCCAGUGCUGCCAAGAGUUCAGCUGCGCCUGCAACUCCAGCUACUGCCCCGAACCCCUGGACUGCCCUGAGGGCUCCAUCCGGGUCGUGACCUACGAGGAAGACGCCUGCUGCCCCAGCCAAAACUGCAGCUGGCAAGUCUGCAAUGUCAACGGGACCCUCUACAAGCCGGGCGCCAUCAUCCACUCCAGCCUCUGUGAGACGUGCAGGUGUGAGGCGCCCAGCGACUCUCCCGUGGACACUCUGGUGGUCAGCUGCGAGACGCAGCACUGCGACACCCACUGCCCCCUGGGCUUUGAGUACCGGGCCCACAGCGGGCAGUGCUGCGGGUUGUGUGUGCAGAAAUACUGCGUCGUAGUGAAUUCCAGCAGUGACGAUGCCCACCUGGUCCACGCUGGCGAGACCUGGACGGAGCCCGGGAACAGCUGCGUGACUCACCACUGCGAGCGGCGCGGGGACCGGCUGGAGGUGGUAACGAAGGUGGUGUGCUCCGCCAACUGUUCCCAGGACCAGGACGGCCAGGAGAGCCACACCUGCCCACAGAUAAACAGCGGGUCUAGCUGCAUGGUGCACCACAGGGACGAGACCGUGGAGCAGGACGGCUGCCGUGGCUCCGUGCGCGCCUCCUACUGCCAGGGGCACUGCGGGGAGUCCACGUCCAAGUACUCCCUGGAGGCCAACACGGUGGAGCGCAGAUGCCGGUGCUGCCAGGAACUCCGCACCUCCCAGAGCAACGUGACCCUGCGCUGCCCGGACGGCUCCAGCCGGGUCUUCAGCUACACCCAGGUGGACGAGUGCACCUGCCUCCAACAGCAGUGCCAAGGGCCGGGUGGCACCAGCCGCUCAGCCCCGUCAGCGUCGGAGCUCCAGUCUGAGGAGAGCGGGGAGCGCGAGGAGCGGGGAGAGGGGCCCAGGCCUCCCCCGUAA